ACUAUAAUCACAUUGUUAUAUAAGAUAUGCAUACGGUAAACGAAAAGGGCUCUAAAUACAUUACUCGUAGAAUCUCCAUCACAUUGGAGGCACUUUGGGAUGCUACUUUCUUGCUACGUCUCAACAAUAAAAUAAUACACGGAUAAGGUACGUAAGAUGAGAUGAUUAUGGAUAUUGCGGUUGUAACGGAUUUGGUAUAUUCUACAAAAGAUUUUAUAUACUGAUGAGAGAGAUUAUGUGUGUGCGGGAAUGUGAUCGCGAAGAUAUAAACGUAUGCUCGAUGUUGUAACCCAUACUAUGCGCGCUAUGCGAGCUUGUUGUGUUAACAAUCUUGCGAAUAAUGUUUCCAUUUAUGUGCAAAUGAUAUAUACAUAUAUAAAUAUACGUACUUGCUUUAACACUACAGGCUCGUUGUAGUUAAAGGAGAAACGAAUAAAUGAGAUGACGAAGGGAAAAGAAUAUACGCUGGUGCGCGUUAUCUUAGGAUGUAUAUGAUAGUGCUAUUUUAAAAAUAAUAGAUUGCUACGAGAAUAUCUGAAUAUUUCUGAGUGUACUACUUUUAUAUCUGUUGUGCCUAGAUGCCUGUGGAAUGCAUUCACGAAAAAAAAGUAUGCCUCCGCGCGCGGGGCCUAUAUAUUGCAAACAGCAAAAAUAAGCAGCGAGUUUACAUGUCGCUUUGCCAAAUAUAAUCGAUAUUACAGGAUUUCAGUAAUGCUUGCAUAACAUGUUGCGUUGUUAACUCAUUGACCUUGGGAUUAAUUAAAAAGAUUAUACUGUUGCGGCCACAAAAGAUGGGGAGGAAGAAAAAUAAAAGAAGAGAAGGAGAGAAAUAUUAAGAUACAUUUAGCCCUUGCGCUGCUGGCAAGUUGUUACGUUAAUAAUUGUCGAGGAUACCUUGUUGAACAUAGAUACGAUAAGCACUUAUAUUAAAUAUUAGAAAUUAAAGCUACGAAGAGAGAUAGAUUUAAAUAUUAUUUACUUAUUAAUUAUUCCUACUCACACGAAAAAUGGCCAUUUCAGCUAAUUGAUCAUUAUAAUUAGUGAUAUAAAUAUCAUUAUAUAAUUAGUAGUUAUCAUAUUAUUUUUAGUAAUGAGAUGAAUAUAAUGAUACGAAAGUAGGGUAAUAGUAAUAAUGUAGCUGGCAUGCCUUGUGAAUCUGUUUAAUCUAUAUCUGGAAAUCUGCGCUUUCCAAAUUAGAUUGAUAAUAAAUAAAUUGCGCAUUUCCUAGAAAAGACCGUCACGUCAGAAAGGAAGAAAAGGAUAAAAAAAUUUCUAUCGCCGCAUGCAGCAACUCGAAAAGACAUCGAAUCAGAUAGUCUCCGCGAAUGUGAAUGUAUGCGCCUGCAAAAGCUUAAAUUGAGCCAUAGAGAGUUGAAAAAAUCGUAAUAAUGAUGAUAAUAAUAAUAACGCCGUUGUUAAAAUGAGCUGCCGGGUCAUUUUACACAUGUAAUAAAGACAUGUUAACUUUACAUCGUACCGUGAGAGUUCUUUCAUACGUAGUACGUGUAAAAAGCACGAUAAAAAUAUCCGCGAUAUAUAUUUUUCUUUUUUUUUUUUUAUAUACAGAAAUUCAAACAAGGAUUGAAAUUGGUAUAAUUUUAUUCCGGUUUUAAUGUAAAAGUAUAAAAAAAGAUCUCUAUGUUUAUUUGUGACAAUUGAAACUCGGCGUAAGGGAUUUUUCAUUUAUGGUAUUUAAAUAAUUCAAAUCUCGUUAUUAAUAUUGGUCUCAAUUCUCGAUUUCGAUUUUCAUGUAUAAACACGAGAACAUGAUUCUUGCAUAUUUUUCCUUAUGCAUCUACAACGUUAGAAAUUAAAUUAAUGGAAAUUAUAUAUUUUAUAUAUUAUAUAUUCAUAUCGGAAUUAUAUGUAUAAUGUAUAUAUAUAGUUAUGUAUCAAAUAUCGCGGUUUCAAUUUUUGAGUUUGAAUCAAAGUCUAUCAGAGUCUACAAUAUCUCGCUUGUGUACGCCAUAUGGGAGUAUACUCUUUAUAUCCGUGAUUUUUAAGAUCGAGCGUAUUAAAAAAUCCACGAUUAAAUCCGGCAAGAAGAGAUGCAAGCUCAUCGUGUUCAACUUGCGUUUCGUGUAUUUGGAAUAUAUAAUUAUUAUAUAUUAUAAUACAAUUACAGUAUAAAUAGUACAACUUUUUUUGAAUGCAUUCUUUUUUUGAGUUCUAAAAACAUGCUCGUUUCGUCAAUAUAUUGGCAUCGAUUCUUGGCGUCUUUUUAUAUUUCCAAUAAUAUUUUUUUUUUUCCCCCCUCUAAAUUCAUAGUAUAUAUCAAAUUUUUUUUAUAUAUGUAUAAUGCUUAUAAAUUAAUUUAUUCUCGAAUGAUAACGUUAUCAUCAUCGAACACGAUGAUCGUUCAGCAUAAUUACUAACUAAAGAACCACUAUAAAUUAUAGACUAAAAAACAUUUUUUAACUUUAAAGAAAAGAAAAUUGUUUUGUUCUGCUUUUAACUUUAUUUGUAUUUAUAUAAAUAAUAUUUUUUUAUCUUUAUGUUUUUAUUAUAGCAAGUUCACGCAACUUGAUUUUUGUAAUCUCUUUAUGAUAUACGCACGUACGUAUAUAUAGAAUUUAAAAAAAAUAUAUCCUAAUCUACCCCAUAUUUUGUAUGAUAAAUGAAUGCAUGGCUGUAGUAUUACACAAUAUCUGUGCCGCAAAAUUGAAUCGAAAAAAAUGAAGUGACAAAAAAAGAAAGAUUUUAAUAUCGCAUAAAUGUAAAAUCUUUAUAGAUAAUUUUGUUAUAAGGGCAUCUCUCUAAGUCGUUGCAGGAUUUUCUAUAUAUAUAUGUGAUAUUUAAAUUAAUUGAUAUUAAUUUAAAUUAUCCUCCCUUAGAUAUAUAUUAUUAAUCAUUAUAAAAAGUAUAUCAUCGCGCGCAAAAAAAAUGCUAUUAAAAAAAAAAAUAGAUUUUGUUGUCUUCUGUCUAAUAAUUAUUCGUUCGUUCAUUGAACAUUAUUCGAGCGAUCGAUGAUAUUUCACAUAUACGUAUACAUAUAUAUUCUCUUGCAAUUUGUUAAAAAACAUAGUUUUAUAGUAAAUAAAAAGAAUUACAAGAGAAAUCAUGGCGGGUACGUUCUUACGACAAAAAUAUUCUAUAAUAAUAACUUGAUAAUGUAUACAUAUAAUAUAUUGCAAAUGCUUGUAAGACUUUGAUGUCGAGCUGCAUGAAGUAUAUACGUCUAAACGUGUAAUUAAAAAAUAUAUUUCUUUAAUUGCUCAAUGAUAUAAUGUAAUUUUUAUUACAUAAUAUAAUAUUUCAAUAUGAUUGAUAUCUAAAAUUUAAAAAAUAGCUUAAAUUGCAACAGUAAAAUAUUUUUCAUUGCAUCUGUAGGUAGUUCUUUUUUCUUGAGUGUGUGCAUGUGGCGUGCAUUUUGAUUAACAAAAAAAAAAAAUUGUUUACAAUUUUUAACAAUUAAAAAUGCUCACAAAAUGGCGUUGACAUAUAGUGUUGCUAUUAGAUAUAUCAGAUUAGACAUAUCAGACUAUUAAAGAUAUCAAACUAUUAUCUUUUAUUUAGUAAUUUUUAUCUGCAAAUUUUAAUGUUAAAAAUAAAAAAAAUGCAACUAAUGCUAAUCUUUUGUUAUAAAUUUACUUUGCAAAAAAGAUAUAUUUUCCAAAUAUUAUAAUGUUUCAGGAUAGAUUAGGACUUUUCGACUUCUGUUCAUAUAAUACACAUUUGCAAAAAUAUGAGACCUAGUAUCGGUUAAUACAACGCGCGAUAUAUCCUAUGAGGAUAUGCCACGUCAUAUUAUUAUUAUCGUUAGUUUAUCUCAGCAGCUUUUGCAGACUUAUCUGCGGAUUAGUACCGAUUAGUGUGGAAUAAAGGAAAGUUAUGGGUAGCAAAGCAUUACCGUACUUCGUGUCAGGAACUGUCAUUAAGGGCUUCGGGAGAGGUUCCAAAGCGCUCGGCAUUCCGACAGCUAAUUUCCCAGAAUCUGUGGUCAACGCUUUGCCGAAAGAUUUAGAUACUGGCGUUUAUUAUGGCUGGGCUUCCUUGCGUGGACAAGUUUAUAAAAUGGUCACCAGCAUAGGCUGGAAUCCAUAUUACAAGAAUGAGAAGAAGUCAAUGGAAGUUCAUCUGCUACAUAAAUUCCACAAUGACUUUUAUGGCGAAGAGAUCAAAGUGAUAAUUACUGGAUAUCUACGACCAGAAAAAGAUUUCUCUUCUCUAGAGGAACUUAUCAAAGAGAUAAAGAAUGAUAUUGCGAUAGCAGAACAGAAAUUAGAAGAGCCUGUUGUAAAUAAACUGAAAAAUCAUAAUUUUUUAAUAACUAAUAAAACAAAUGAUUAAUGACUAUGAAAAAUGUCACUCUUCAUCUGAUAAAUAAAUUUAAUUAUUAUUUUUCUUUCCAUGUUUAUCACAGAAUAUCUAUAUAUAAAUUUGUCUUUUAUUUACAAUCAUUUAGAAAUUGAUCUAAGCUUAUGCGAAUGUACAAAAAAUAUAAAGACAAUACUACUUAAAUUAAAUUAAAA